AUGUCCUUCUCUGCGAAUACCUCGACGUAUAGUGAGCAGCCCCUCCUACGGUAUGGAAGAGUGGGCAAACACAGUAUCCACAAUUCUACACCUUUAAAGCCUCAAGUCGGACAUCGCGCAAUUGCCAUAGGGAAGGAACAUGAAAUACUUCAUCUUAGAAUACACGGGCGCAUCUUCAUGGGUAUACACGACGGCAAUCAAGCCUUGAAGUGGCUUGGAUUUGCGGCUAUAGUUCAUAGCAAGCACUCUAGUUCCCGCUUCAUGUCCAGUGUUCACGCCCGCUUUCAUCUUGACCCCGAAAUGCUCCUGUAUAUCGGUGAUAUCAUCAGAAUCGGGACAGAGGCUACGCGUAGAAGAGUAGGUGGGGUGAGUAUUUAUAGCAAAUAUAACUGGGAAACUGCGGAAGCGAAGAACAGGGUAACCUCCCUUACUUGCGGCCUGUUUACGCUUCGUGGUACUUUCAUUCAGACUUCGGCUUACCAGCAACUAUUCACAAGCCAUAGCCUCCGCCAGUGUUCGGAGUGGGUGGUUGAACCAACUGCAGUUGCUAAGUUCACAGCGGCUGGCUUAUUUCACUAUCUUGGCACCCCAACUUACUUGAUGAGGCUUAGUUUAACGCCUUGGGCACCACCUGCGAGCAUCUGGGCACCUGCAGUCGAUCAACUGCAUGUGAGUCAACCAUCCACGCCGAGCGCUGGCCUCCGACAAUCUCUUCGACUAUACACAUCUUUUUCAAUCAACAGGCUCCAUGAGCAAUGUUGCAUUAGGAGUGAGAGGGUAUGGUGGGUUAUGGUAUUACGGGACAAGCCAGGUUUUCAAACACGCCAUUUUAUAAGCCUUCUUAAUCACUGA